AUGCUUCCCCUCUCCAAUGCCUCGGUAGGGGGCAAAGUGUGGUUGUUCUAUAAUUCAGCCUGCACCAUUGAUCUGGUUGAUAGCUCGGCCCAAAUGCUAUCAAUCUCGGUCUCAGCCUGGGGUAAUCCCGCGAAGUUGAUUUCAGCUAUCUACGCCAAGUGUUCGAGAGUGACGUGCAGACUUCUCUGGGAUCAACUAGCCACCAUUGCCUCAAAUUCCACUUUGCCAUGGCUGGUUGCAGGUGAUUUUAAUGUUGUCCUUGCUCCUGCUGAGCAUAGAAGAUCAGGCCCAUUCGACUCUAGGAGCGCUGCUGAAUUUGCUGAGGGGCUGGAAAAGGCUAAUCUGAUGGAUGCCGACUUUACGGGGAAUAUUUUCACUUGGUGCAACAAUCAGAGCGGUCAAGCUAGGAAUUGGGCAAGGCUCGACAGGGCCUGUUGUGAUUCUGCUUGGAUCGACUUGUUCCCAAUUUUCCAGGUUAAGCUCUUGCCUAGGCUUAAUUCAGAUCACACCCCAAUGCUCUUCUCUUUCCCAGCUGCGUCCUCUCCUUCUUCGAGGUCUUUUAGGUUCCAAAGGAUGUGGUUGAAACAUGCAUCUUUCCUCGACCUUAUUGCGUCCUCCUGGAAAGCAGACAUAGUGGGGGAUCGGCUCUUCACCUUGCAUAGCAAGCUGAAAAACGUGAAAUCAGCGUUAAGGAUGUGA